UUGUAUUAAAUUGUUUGAUUGGUUGCAAUGAAAGGCUUACAACUGUUUGGGCCAUUACUACGCCAGAAGUCUUUCCAUAGUCAGCCCAAGUCUGUCAUCCAUUGCAACAAAAUGAAAGUCUCAUUACUUCCAGCGCUUGAAGAUAACUAUAUGUAUCUAUUGAUCGACGAGAAGACCAGAGAGGCUGCGGUCAUAGAUCCGGUCGAACCAAACAAAGUGCUCAAUGCAAUCAAAGAAGAGAAUGUAGUGCUGACCACAAUCCUCACAACCCAUCAUCAUUGGGAUCACUCGGGAGGCAAUGUAGAGCUGCAUAAAGCCAUGCCAUCACUCGCUGUGGUCGGUGGCGACGAUAGGGUCGGAGCGCUCACUAAAUUAGUUAAGGGCGGCGAUCGGCUCACUGUCGGCGAGUUGAACAUUGAAUGUCUGUUCACUCCGUGUCACACAAAAGGCCACAUUUGCUAUUACGUCACUUCCAGUACCGAUUCAAACGCCGAUCCAAUAGUUUUUACAGGCGAUACACUAUUCGUUGCCGGCUGUGGGAAGUUCUUCGAGGGAACCCCCAAUCAAAUGCACACCGCUUUGAUUGAUAUAUUGAGAAGUUUGCCAGAAAACACAGACUUGCGUUCGAGAAAAGAGGCGACAAUUCCGUCAACGAUUGGUGAGGAGAAGAAAACCAAUCCUUUCAUGAGAGUUGACGUCCAAAGUGUCCAAAAAGUGGUCCACAAAGAGAAUGAUUCGAUCGCAACGAUGGGUGAGUUGAGACGAUUGAAGGAUAAUUUCAAAGCCAAGUAAUGCCAUAUCAGUCGACGUCUUUGUUUGGGGGCUUUUUCGAUGAAUUGGCAGUAAAUAUCUUCAUUUCGUUCUCAUAACGAAUCUUAUCGUUAUUAAACAGAUUAUAAUAAAUCUACAAUUAUAUCAAUUAUAAUUAAUAUCACUACAAAAAUUUAAUUUUACCAAAAUUAUAAUGUAAUCACUGAUUAGACCUGUUUGGAAGUGAGUGACAAUUCAUGCCAUUGUUGUGCUAAUGCUUUUGUCAGCUCCUGGUGUGUCAUUUCAGCCUAUAAUCCAAUUCAAUUGAUUAAUACUUUAAUACUUUAAUAAAAUAGCAUUUUGACAAAAAUACA